UUUCUGGGAGAAAUAUCCCGCGAAUAGCGAUUACUUUCCAACUCCAAACAUAAAGUCGCGUGUGUCGUAGAUUGUUAUCUCUUUAGAUUUACCGAUAAAUAUUGAAUUCAUUGAAUAUUUUAUUUGUGACAUAUUGGUAUAGUUUCGAAACAUAACCCAGAGACCUGUUGAUGAAGGUGGUGGUGGCAAACGCGAGUCUUUCGUUUGUUAGCAUUCAAAGAGCAAGAAGCUACAUAACAAGCUAGCUCGCUAGCAUCUGUAGAAGAGUGGUCUGAAAAUCGUGAUUAUAAGAUGCGGUGCCGGUGAUGCGUGUAACAGACGUUUCUAGAGAGAAAUGAUAACAGUGAGAGGGCUUGCGUCAUGGCGGUCUCUCCUGCAGCGACCUUGGAGCUGUCACAGAGCAGUGUCGACCUACAGACUCUCACCACCGUCUGCUCAACAUCGCUGCCUGGGAAACCCAUCCACCAUGCAGUCCAGGCUGUUUAACAUGUCUGCAAGCUGGCUGAAGAGCAAAGAUGACUUCAGCAGCUCAUACACAGUAGACGAGGAGGAUGAAGAUAUUCUGGAGGACAGUGAGGUGGAGGAGCUGUUCCAGCAGCAGGUUCCUGCAGGGAUUGGACAGGGACAGCACAGGGUGUUCAUUGUCCACCCAGAUGUCAAGUGGGGCAGCAGGAAGCAGCGCCUGACCACUGCAGAGCUGAUGAUGGCUGAAGCGGAGGGGCUUGUGCAUACCCUGGACAACUGGACAGUGGUGGACAAGAUCAUCCUCUCCACUAAGACACCAGAGAAGAAGAGGAUUUUUGGCAAAGGCAACUUCCAGCUUCUAACAGAGAAAAUCAGGGAAACCGUUGGAAUCUCUGCUGUGUUUGUGAAUGUGGAUCGCUUGUCCCCAUCAUCAGAGAGGGAGUUUGAGGAGGCCUGGGGGAUCAAGGUGUUCGACAGAUACUCGGUUGUACUCCACAUUUUUCGCUGCAACGCCAGAACCAAAGAGGCCAAGUUACAGAUCUCACUGGCAGAAAUUCCCUUGUUGAGAUCUCGUUUGAAAAAUGAAAUGGCAAACUUGGACCAACAGGGUGGUGGAUCGAGAUACAUCGGUGGUUCAGGCGAGACGGUGUCAGAGGUGCAGCAGAGGCUGCUGAAGGAGCGGGAGAUGAAGAUCCGCUCAGCGCUGGAAAAACUUCGCAAAAAGAGGCACCUCUUACGGUCGCAGCGUAAGCACAGGGAGUUCCCUACGGUGUCUGUGUUGGGCUACACUAACUGUGGUAAAACAACUCUGAUCAAGGCUCUGACCGGGGACAGCGGUCUGCAGCCCAGGAACCAGCUGUUUGCCACCCUCGAUGUGACUGUCCAUGCCGGCCAGCUGCCCAGUCACAUGACUGUUCUGUAUGUGGACACCAUCGGCUUCUUGUCCCAGCUGCCCCACCAGCUCAUAGACUCCUUUUCUGCCACCCUGGAGGACAUUAAACACUCAGAUCUCUUGGUUCAUGUCCGAGACAUCAGUCAUCCUGAGACGGUGAAUCAGAAGGUGAACGUACUGAGUGUGCUUAAGAACCUGCAGAUCCCAGACCAGCUGAUGAGUUCUAUGAUCGAGGUCCACAAUAAAAUCGACCUGGUCGACAAUUAUCAGUCUGCGGAGCCUGGAGCAGUGCUCAUAUCAGCUCUGGAGCAGCGUGGCCUGGACAAGCUGAAGACAACAGUGGAAGAAGAAAUCAUCAAGUCAACAGGGAAUCAGAUUUUACAUCUGAAGGUUAACCUCAGCACACCUCAGCUAAGCUGGCUGUACAGAGAGGCCACCGUUCAGGACAUCCAGGUGAAUGCUGAUGAAGGUACAGCUGUGGUGAAGGUAAUCAUCAGUGCUGCAGCUCAUGGGCGCUACAGGAAACAGUUUGAAAGCAGAUGAGAGGAUGAGAUUUCUGCUGCUGGAUAACCGGAGCAAAAAAUGUACAACUGCAUCACAAAGAGCUUAGGAAAACACAGCUGACUGUGCAGUGUAACAGCAUGUAUGCAGAGGAACUACACGGGGCAGCUGUAGCUCAGGUCAAGCAGCUUGUCCAGUUGUAGGUUCAGCAGAUCCCGGCUCCCAGCAGGGAACGCUGCUGUUGUGUCCUUGGGCAAGACGCUUAACCCACCUCACCUGCUGGUGGUGGUUGGAGGGACCGGUGGCACCAGUGCUCGUUAGCCUCACCUCUGUCAGUGUGCCCCAAGGCAGCUGUGGCUACGAUGUAGCUCACCACCAUCAAUGUGUGAAUGGAUGAAUGAUGCACUGUAGUGUAAAACGUUUUGGAGUCCUCUGACUCUGAAACGUGCUAUACAAGUGUGGGUAAUUUAUCAUUAUCAUGUAUGCUGUGUAACUACCUGUAUGCAGUAUUAAAGAAUAAAAAAAUGUUGUAAAAUAUGAA